AUGACGGUUGAGAUGACUUUCCAUUCUGUCUGGAGCCUCAUUAUUCUUCCCACACUCUUGACUUUCACUCUUCCAUUCUUGCGCAAAGGAAUCAAAGGGAAGCCUGACAGCAAAUCUAAAGAGCCAUCUCGAGUCUUCUGGCUUGGUAGAGGCGAUGGACUCUUCGCUGACGCACGAUCUAAGUUAUGGACUUUCAUCAAAGGACGACAGCUUUUUGCAGAUGCUUACUUCAAGUACAGUAGCAAAAAUGUGGUAACCAAGAUCUCAACAAUAUCUAUCCCCUUGGUGCUAGUGCCGAAAGAUCGACGCAAAUGGUUCUUCAAAGAAAGGUCCGAUGUGCUUGAUCAUAGAGCAACUGGGUUUGAUGCUGUCGAGUCCCUUUAUACCAUGCCGUGUGGCUAUAUCCUCGACUUCCCAGCACACGUGAAGCUCAUCCAUAAAGUCCUCACCCGUGAACUACCAAACUUAACAGACGACCUGAUCCAGGAGAUAGAAGAAGGUCUAUUGAAAGACUGGGGAACUGAUGCAGAGAAGUGGCGCGGAGUCGAAGUUUGGGCAACUGUACUGAUGCUAGUGACCCGCACAUUCAACAGAAUUUCAGUUGGAAACCCUCUCUGUGGAGAUGAAAAAUAUCUGACCAACACUAGGAAAUACGUGACUAGCAUUCAUGCAAUGUCAUCCAUUAUCCGGGUGUUUCCUGGCUGGACUAAGCCUGUGGUAGGAUCAUUUUUUUCAAUCCCAUGUUGGUACUACUACAGGCGCGGUAAGGGAUACGCAAUGCCUCUUAUCCACAGCUAUCUGGAAGAGGCACGAAUGGAGCUGGAGACAAAUGGAGAGUUUUCGAAUAGGCACAAUGUUUUCGCUAUGUGGAUUGUCCAGGAAGCUCUUCGUUCCCAAAUUCCGCGUGAAAUGGACCCAGAAACGAUCUACGCCCGUUUGAUGACAAUGAAUUUUGCUGGCAUCCACACCUCCUCCUUCACGACGGUAAAUAUGCUGCUUGACUCUCUGUCGCGGCCCGAUAUUUUCGAAGUAAUAAAAGAAGAAGUCAACACGACUUAUUCUCGUCACAACUCCAAAUGGACCAAACCUUCAGUGGAUGAGCUGAGGUCCACCGACAAUGUCCUCCGCGAAAGCAUGCGCUUAUCGGGACCUAUUGUUCGCUUGAUUCGAGAAGUGAAAGCAGAAGAUGGAAUUGAAAUCAACGGCGUGGUUCUCCCCAAAGGAACCAAGAUCGCCACUGACAUGCACAAUAUGCAUCGCGACGAAGAAAUCUACAAGGAUGCAAAUACUUUCAACCCCUUCCGACUGGAUCCAUCCACAGGUCAGAGAAUGCUUCCUGCUGUUGAGACGAGUGAGAAUUUUUUGCCAUUUGGACACGGUAGGCACGGGUGCCCCGGCCGUUACUUUGCGAGCCAUGAGAUCAAGCUCAUCAUUGCGACAAUUAUCUUGAGAUACAAUGUAAAGUUCCUCGAGAAACGUCCACCUAAUGUAUGGAUGGGAGACUCAAUGAUCCCGCCUCGUACCAUACUCCAAGUACAGCGGCAGAGCUGA